AUGACAUCAAAUUUUGUUAAAAGACCAUUAUACGGUGGAGCCAUCGAAAUUUCCAUUCCAGAAAGAUUUAGAGAUAUUACCCAAUUUAGACAAGUUCCAGACCACCAAGAAGUUUUUGUUGACGAAAAGUCUGAUCAAAGUUUUAUCGUUGAAUUAAAUGAAAAACAAAGCGUUGUUGAUGAUCAAGCCAUUCUCUUCCACUAUGAAAAUUUAACCGAAGAAUUAGAAUUACCAAAAGAAAAAUCAGUCGUUUUAAACCAAAGAAAAUUAACCAAUGAUGAACUCCCAAAUUUCCCAAAUAAUCCAAAAUAUAUCUUAUUAGCUCAACAAAAAGUUGCAAAAUUUAAAGAAUCCGCUGAAAAUACUGUUAAUUUAUAUAUGCUCUUAGUUAGAUUGGAAAAACAAAAUACAGAUAUUUUAAUCAUAUUAAAUGACACUAUCGAAAUUUCUCCAGCCAGUAGCAGCAAAAAUGCUCAAACUCAAACAAAUCAAUCUGAAGUUGAAGCUCUCUUUUUAAAUUCCAUAAAAUCAUUCAAGAUUAAUGAUUACUCUCUUUUCCAAAAUAAUUAA